UAUCGUUUUUUUAGCAAUUAAUAUUGAGUCAGUCCUCAACUGGAUAACGUUGGUUUUUAGUCGACUGUUUUGGUUUCGCAUUUAUUAAACCUGCUUAUGUUAAUGGCUUCAAUUGGAAUUUAAUUAAGAGAAUCAUAAAUAAUUGGAUCAGAUCAAAGUCAAAAUAACAGCAGAUGAGUUUCACUUACCUACCUAUUGACAGUCGAUUUGACUGGCCUUUGAAGGUAAGUCGCUCUAGUGGCUAAACUAAGAAGAAACUUCCAGUGAAAAAUGGGUUGUAAAUAUUGCUUUCUUGUGCCUAUUUUUCAAGGGACUUUGUAUGUGAUUGCGUUUAGCACAACAUUUCUGCUAUCAGCAGUGAUAAACAAGGACGUACCACUGAUAUUCCCCUACGUUAGCGACACAGGGGUCUGGUCAAUAGAACGAUGUAUAUUCUCUUUCGGUUUAGGACUCGGCUCACUUUUAAUGAUUGCAACCAUCUACAUCAGAUGCAGACAAGUAAAAGAAGUUCUGGAGUUGGCUGAGAGUAAAAAUCUGAGUUCAAAGCUGAAAAAGUUGAACACAAUUUCGCUCUUUCUGGGCAUGGUGGCUGUGAUUGGAGUGUUUAUGUUGGGUUGUUUUCCUGUUCAUCCAUACAUCGUGCCGCAUCUGAUCGGGGCUGGCGCAGCCUUUAAUACCGGAUUAAUGGUCCUGGCGGCUCAGACCUACAUUUCCUUGAAAAUCUACCCCACUUUGGGCAACAAGACGCUAAACAUCAUCAGAUGUGUGAUGGUUUUGAUACUCGCAGUAGCGCUGUGUUUAUGUGUCAUCUUCGGCGGAUUGUCUCUUCUGCUGUUUAAAGGUGACGAUAUCACGCAGUGGACUGCCGCCUCCGGAGGAUACGUGUUUCACCUGAUCAGUGUUGCUAGCGAAUGGAUUUUAGUGCUGGGAGUGAUUUUAUAUCUGAGCUUGUAUGCUGGAGAAUUCAGGUCUAUUGUAUUGCAUAAGCCAAACAUGGACAUAACAACAGCUUAAUUUCGGAAUCAUUCUUGUGGUGGCUAAAAGAUAUUGAACUCAUGGACUUAUACAAAUAAAGAAUACGUAUAUUUAGUGGCACUUA